AUGGGUUCAGAGAGAGAGUUAUUGCCUGCCACAAUUGGGCGACCGGGUGGAUUUUCCAAUCCUUUGUGGAUUUUAGGAAGCAGAUACAGUGUGGCUACCGCAGGAUGUUCCGGUAGCAGGUAUGAGAAUUAUAAGUCUAAAAACUUCCCUCCACUCACUUUGAACCAUUAUGUAGACGUUUUUGUCCAGUUGGUUACCAAAGAAUUUGAACGUAUACCCAGGAAUCGAGCAUCUGACAAUCUCACAAGGGUGCAACGCAGGGCUCUCAUCGACCUGGGCCACUUGGACGACAUUGUCAUAAAACCAUCUGAUAAAGGUGGCAACGUCGUCCUGUGGCCCAGAUCGAUGUAUGAGAAAGAAGCAAGUAGACAGUUAAGGGAUAAUGUAUGUUACAAACGCCUGACCUUCAACCCACUUUCCAAGUAUAAGCAGGAACUUGCUGCUAUCCUGGAAUUGGGUGUGGAGGAAGGUGUAAUCACUCAAAAACAAUUUUCAUACCUGCUACCGGAACAUCCUGCGGUAGCCACACUGUAUCUGCUUCCUAAAAUCCACAAAGGAUUGGAAAAUCCACCCGGUCGCCCAAUUGUGGCAGGCAAUAACUCUCUCUCUGAACCCAUUUGUAGAUACAUUGAUCAUUUUCUCAAACCCAUCGUUGAAUCCCUACCUUCCUACCUACGAGACACAACGGACAUUCUGAGACGAUUAGAUGGCAUCCAAUUGGAUCAAGAUGCCCUUCUGGUAACGUGUGACGUUGAAGCUUUAUAUACGUCCAUUCGCCAUGCAGACGGUCUUGAAGCAGUGGAGAAGUUCCUUUUGAUGACUGACUUCGAACCAGAAACUUGUGAGUUUAUUUUAAACUUAUUGAGAUUUGCUCUUACGCACAACUUCUUCUUAUUUGGGGACCUCCUCUACCUACAAAUCCAGGGAACUGCUAUGGGGGCGGCUUGUGCGCCCUCAUAUGCAAAUUGUUUCCUUGGAUUGUGGGAGAGGAGGAUAUUCAUGCUUGAACCCCCUGCACUCAUUGAAAAGGUGUCGCUAUGGGGCAGAUUUAUUGAUGAUAUUCUGUUUGUCUGGCAUGGGUCCAUUGACGAGCUAGGAUCAUUCAUGGAUCAACUCAACAAUAACAACUAUAACAUUAAACUUACAUAUAAAUAUGGACGUACAAAUAUGGAGUUUUUGGAUGUACUAUUCAACAUCGAAUCAGAUGGAUACAUAUCAUCAAAUGUAUAUCGUAAAAAGACCUCCACAAACUCCCUUCUACACGCGACAUCUUCUCAUCCAAAACCUCUCAUCUCCAACAUCCCUGUAGGUCAAUUCCUCAGGAUGAAGCGCAUUUGUUCAUCGGACACAUUCUUUGAAGAACAGGCUAAGGACCUCACAAAUCGAUUCAAAGAAAGAGGAUAUAGGCAGCAGGAUAUAUCAAAAGCAUAUUCAAGAGCAAAGAAUACCCCCAGGAACAAUCUGUUGAUGCAACCCAAGCAGAAAAAUCCGGAUAACCAGGGAGCUACGGAGAAGAGUAAGGGAACAUGUUCUGAGCAUCGAAGCAGCCAAGAAUGAACAGGAUGCCACUAAACUCAAGACAUUGGCUAGGCACUUUAAAGAGCAUCAUGCAUGCAACGGACAUUUACUGAAGGUACCUGGCAUAUCUGCGGAUUCUGAGCUCAGCACGGGACUAUAUGCACCGACUCAACACCACAUUGUGAUUUUGUAUUAUUAUAAAUAUUUUUGUAACACACCUUAUCAUUCACCUAUUCAUUUUACACAUAAUUAAUGUAUAAGUACACUCAACAUGGAUACACCUACAUGCAUAUAUUUGCAUAUGCACACAUGCACUUUAUUCAUUAUAUAUUUAUGUGUCAUUUUUUACAAAUUUAUUCCUCAUUAAGUGAUACCAUUUACAUUUGACUCUGUUUUUAUUAUGUUUCACUCUCUCACGAGCAUGAUCACUUUAU